AUGGUCACAUGCGGCAGGACAAAGUCCGUCGACUGCCUUGCCGACUUCAAUGCCGCCCGAGAACGAGCAGGUCUCGAAGCGUUCAUUGCAGAGACGAACGCAGAAAAAAAGCUACCAACAAGCAAAACCGAGUACCUCGCAGCGAUUUGCUCCGCCAUACAGGAGGCAAGCGGCCUGCAUUUGCCCUACCAUUGCCGUGUCGACACCAUGAGAAAGCUCAGUUCAGUUCUGGUGGUCGCCGCCGUGCUGGGGGCGGCCCACGGAGUGGAGAACGGCAACUCGGGUCAAAAAGGGUCGGCAAAGUCCGUCGACUGCCUUGCCGACUUCAAUGCCGCCCGAGAUCGAGCAGGUCUCGAAGCGUUCAUUGCAGAGACGGACGCAAAGAAAAAGUUGCCCACAGAGAACGAAGGGUAUAUUGCAGCUAUUUGCUCUGCCAUACAGGAGGCAAGCGGCCUGCAUUUGCCCUACCAUUGCCAGUCCGUCGACUGCCUUGCCGACUUCAAUGCCGCUCGAGAACGAGCAGGUCUCGAAGCUUUCAUCGCAGAGACGGACAACGAUAAGAAAUUGUCGACAGGCGAUGAAACCUAUAUAGGAAAGAUCUGCUCGGCCAUACAGGAGGCAAGCGACCUGCAUUUGCGCCACCAUUGCCGCCCUGCCGAUGGCUGCUCGGCAGCCGUCUCCUAUUGGAAAAAAGCCCACGUAAACUUUGGGGAACUCCCGGCCGAAUACGAGGAACCAAAGGACGUAUAUGCCGAUAGCCAGAACGUCUCACUUGUGGCCCUGUACAACCCGAAGGAGGGCGCCACACUUGACUGCGCCUACAUCACUUGCCCUAUCUCAACUAAGACAACCACAGCCGCCCCCACCACUACCAGUGUUAGCACUACAGCUGCAACCAGCUCCCCCUCCACCUCUUCGAGCGAUGGAAGCGGAGGUACCGGAGGUACCGGAGGUAACGGAGGUGGCGGAGGUGGCGGAGGUGGCGGAAGUAGUUUUUUCAGUGCCGAGCGAAGCGCUGGGGCUUCAGCGAGCAGGGAUGUCCAGGGUCGGGCGUCAGCAGCCGCUCCCAUAUUCUACCCUGUUUCCCGUGAAGGAGACUCUGGAGACCCUCAGAGGACUGGACCAUCCGUUCGGCGCCUCUCCACUACCUCAGAAACGGUUACCGGCCUCGUUUGCCUCACUAAUCCUGCGGCUCUUGUAAAAGGACAAAAGCCCUUCACUUCUCUAGGGCUUGUCAAGGAGGCGGAACUCGGUGAGAUCUUCUUGAAACUCAGUUGCCUUGCCUGUGUUAGUGCAACUGCAGUAUCCGCAGUGUCUGCAGAACAGCAGGAAUGA